GGUUUUCUUUUCAGCAGGCAGGCGUUUCCUUAGCCUAACUGCAAUUGGUUCAGAGUAGGCCAGAAAUAUCAGCAGGCGGAGAAAGUCUUAGGAGCGACUCCUGUUCCCCAGGGUAGUACUGGGAGGACACUUCAACCGCAGCGGCGGGGCUGCGGGGCCUGCGGAGAGCUGGUGAGGUAGGAAGGACAGAGUUACCCGGGAUGUGGAACCCGCUGCAGGACACCGGCUCCUCGGUGGCCGCCGGGAGCCGCCAGCGCUGGAUCUGCGCGGGGGCUCUGGUGCUGGCUUUCUCCGGAACCUUCAUCAUCGGCUUCGUCUUCGGGUGGUUCAUAAAAUCCUCCAGUGAAACUACUAAUAAUGUUCCCUAUCCUGGCAUGAAGAAGGCAUUUUUGCAUGAAUUGAAGGCUGAGAACAUCAAGACAUUUUUAUAUAAUUUUACACGGACACCACACUUGGCAGGAACAGAACAAAAUUUUGAGCUUGCAAAGCAAAUUCAGGCCCAGUGGAAAGAAUUUGGCUUGGAUUCGGUUGAGUUAAGCCAUUAUGAUGUCCUGUUGUCCUACCCAAACAAGACGCUUUCCAACUAUAUCUCAAUAAUUGAUGAAGAUGGAAAUGAG